UCCAUUUUCUUUCGAUUCUGGAGGCUACAAAUCACGAAAUCAGGCCGAGGCUAUUCUCCACAGAUAAUGAAGUCUAUGGAUCCUAUUCUCCACGGAUGAUAAGCCCGUUAAGCAUCAAUUUGGUCCAAUUUAUUUUCGGAUGACAUUUUAGUAAUUUCUUGGGCGACAAAAGGCCAUUUUCUUUGGAUAUUGAAGGCUACAAAUCAAGGAUUCCGCCUAAGGCUAUUCUCCAACGAUGAUUGAGUCCAUUAAGCACCGAUUUGGGCGGAUUUAUUCAGGGUCAAUUUUUGGCAGAUUCCAAAGGGGUACCAUCACAGAUUUCGGGUGAUUUAUAGGAAAUGCCAUUUUCUUUCGAUUCUGGAGGCUACAGAUCACGGAAUCUGGCCGAGACUAUUCUCCACCGAUAAUGAAGUCUAUUGAUCCUAUUCUCCACGGAUGAUAAUGCCGUUAAGCAUCGAUUUUGGCCAAUUUAUUUUCGGAUGGCAUUUUCGUAAUUUCUUGGGCGACGAAAGGCCAUUUUCUUUGGAUAUUGAAGGCUACAUAUCACGGAUUCGGCCUGAGGCUAUUACCCAACGAUGAUUGAGUCCAUUAAGCACAGAUUUGGGCGGAUUUAUUCCGGGUCAAUUUUUGACAGAUUCCAAAGGGGUACCAUCACAGAUUUCAGCGAUUUAUCUGAAAUGUCAUUUUCUUUCGAUUCUGGAGGUUACAGAUCACGGAAUCAGGCCGAGGCUAUUCUCCACCGGUAAUGAAGUCUAUUGAUCCUUUUCUCCAUGGAUGAUAAGCCCGUUAAGCAUCGAUUUGGGCCAAUUUAUUUUCGGAUGGCAUUUUCGUAAUUUCUUGGGCGACGAAAGGCCAUUUUCUUUGGAUAUUGAAGGCUACAAAUCACGGAUUCCGCCUGAGGCUAUUCUCCAACGAUGAUUGAGUCCAUUAAGCACAGAUUUGGGCGGAUUUAUUCCGGGUCAAUUUUUGGCAGAUUCCAAAGGGGUACCAUCACAGAUUUCGGGCGAUUUAUCUGAAAUGCCAUUUUCUUUCGAUUCUGGAGGGUACAGAUCACGGAAUCAUGCCGAGGCUAUUCUCCACCGAUAAUGAAGUCUAUUGAUCCUUUUCUCCACGGAUGAUAAGCCCGUUAAGCAUCGAUUUGGGCCAAUUUAUUUUCGGAUGACAUUUUCGUAAUUUCUUGUGCGACGAAAGGCCCUUUGGAUAUUGAAGUCUACAGAUCACGGAUUCGGCCUGAGGCUAUUCUCCAACGAUGAUUGUGUCCAUUCAGCACCGAUUUGGGCGGAUUUAUUCCGGGUCAAUUUUUGGCAGAUUCCAAAUGGGUACCAUCACAGAUUUCGGGCAAUUUAUCUGAAAUGCCAUUUUCUUUCGAUUCUGGAGGCUACAGAUCACAAAAUCAGGCCGAGGCUAUUCUCCACUGAUAAUGAAGUCUAUUGAUCCUUUUCUCCACGGAUGAUAAGCCCGUUAAGCAUCGAUUUGGGCCAAUUUAUUUUCGGAUGAAAUUUUCGUAAUUUCUUGUGUGACGAAAGGCCAUUUUCUUUGGAUAUUCAAGGCCACAGAUCACGGAUUCGCCCUGAGGCUAUUCUCCAACGAUGAUUGAGUCCAUUAAGCACAGAUUUGGGCGGAUUUAUUCCGGGUCAAUUUUUGACAGAUUCCAAAGGGGUACCAUCACAGAUUUCAGGCGAUUUAUCUGAAAUGUCAUUUUCUUUUGAUUCUGGAGGUUACAGAUCACGGAAUCAGGCCGAGGCUAUUCUCCACCGAUAAUGAAGUCUAUUGAUCCUUUUCUCCAUGGAUGAUAAGCCCGUUAAGCAUCGAUUUGGGCCAAUUUAUUUUCGGAUGGCAUUUUCGUAAUUUCUUGGGCGACGAAAGGCCAUUUUCUUUGGAUAUUGAAGGCCACAGAUCACGGAUUCUGCCUGAGGCUAUUCUCCAACGAUGAUUGAGUCCAUUAAGCACAGAUUUGGGCGGAUUUAUUCCGGGUCAAUUUUUGGCAGAUUCCAAAGGGGUACCAUCACAGAUUUCGGGUGAUUUAUAGGAAAUGCCAUUUUCUUUCGAUUCUGGAGGCUACAGAUCACAGAAUCUGGCCGAGACUAUUCUCCACCGAUAAUGAAGUCUAUUGAUCCUAUUCUCCACGGAUGAUAAUGCCGUUAAGCAUCGAUUUUGGCCAAUUUAUUUUCGGAUGGCAUUUUCGUAAUUUCUUGGGCGACGAAAGGCCAUUUUCUUUGGAUAUUGAAGGCUACAUAUCACGGAUUCGGCCUGAGGCUAUUACCCAACGAUGAUUGAGUCCAUUAAGCACAGAUUUGGGCGGAUUUAUUCCGGGUCAAUUUUUGACAGAUUCCAAAGGGGUACCAUCACAGAUUUCAGCGAUUUAUCUGAAAUGUCAUUUUCUUUCGAUUCUGGAGGUUACAGAUCACGGAAUCAGGCCGAGGCUAUUCUCCACCGGUAAUGAAGUCUAUUGAUCCUUUUCUCCAUGGAUGAUAAGCCCGUUAAGCAUCGAUUUGGGCCAAUUUAUUUUCGGAUGGCAUUUUCGUAAUUUCUUGGGCGACGAAAGGCCAUUUUCUUUGGAUAUUGAAGGCUACAAAUCACGGAUUCCGCCUGAGGCUAUUCUCCAACGAUGAUUGAGUCCAUUAAGCACAGAUUUGGGCGGAUUUAUUCCGGGUCAAUUUUUGGCAGAUUCCAAAGGGGUACCAUCACAGAUUUCGGGCGAUUUAUCUGAAAUGCCAUUUUCUUUCGAUUCUGGAGGGUACAGAUCACGGAAUCAUGCCGAGGCUAUUCUCCACCGAUAAUGAAGUCUAUUGAUCCUUUUCUCCACGGAUGAUAAGCCCGUUAAGCAUCGAUUUGGGCCAAUUUAUUUUCGGAUGACAUUUUCGUAAUUUCUUGUGCGACGAAAGGCCCUUUGGAUAUUGAAGGCUACAGAUCACGGAUUCGGCCUGAGGCUAUUCUCCAACGAUGAUUGUGUCCAUUCAGCACCGAUUUGGGCGGAUUUAUUCCGGGUCAAUUUUUGGCAGAUUCCAAAUGGGUACCAUCACAGAUUUCGGGCAAUUUAUCUGAAAUGCCAUUUUCUUUCGAUUCUGGAGGCUACAGAUCACAAAAUCAGGCCGAGGCUAUUCUCCACUGAUAAUGAAGUCUAUUGAUCCUUUUCUCCACGGAUGAUAAGCCCGUUAAGCAUCGAUUUGGGUCAAUUUAUUUUCGGAUGAAAUUUUCGUAAUUUCUUGUGUGACGAAAGGCCAUUUUCUUUGGAUAUUCAAGGCCACAGAUCACGGAUUCGCCCUGAGGCUAUUCUCCAACGAUGAUUGAGUCCAUUAAGCACAGAUUUGGGCGGAUUUAUUCCGGGUCAAUUUUUGACAGAUUCCAAAGGGGUACCAUCACAGAUUUCAGGCGAUUUAUCUGAAAUGUCAUUUUCUUUUGAUUCUGGAGGUUACAGAUCACGGAAUCAGGCCGAGGCUAUUCUCCACCGAUAAUGAAGUCUAUUGAUCCUUUUCUCCAUGGAUGAUAAGCCCGUUAAGCAUCGAUUUGGGCCAAUUUAUUUUCGGAUGGCAUUUUCGUAAUUUCUUGGGCGACGAAAGGCCAUUUUCUUUGGAUAUUGAAGGCUACAGAUCACGGAUUCGACCUGAGGCUAUUCUCCAACGACGAUUGAGUCCAUUAAGCACCGAUUUGGGCAUAUUUAUUCCGGGUCAAAUUUUGGCAGAUUCCAAAGGGGUACCAUCACAGAUUUCGGGCAAUUUAUCCGAAAUGCCAUUUUCUUUCGAUUCUGGAGGCUACAGAUCACGGAAUCAGGCCUGAGGCUAUUCUCCAACGAUGAUUGAGUCCAUUAAGCCCGAUUUGGGCGGAUUUAUUCCGGAUCAAUAUUUGGCAGAUUCCAAAGGGGUACCAUCACAGAUUUCGGGCGAUUCAUCCGAAAUGCCAUUUUCUUUGGAUUCUGGAGGCUACAAAUCACGGAAUCAGGCCGAGGCUAUUCUCCCCCGCUAAUGAAGUCUAUUGAUCAUAAUCUCCACGGAUGAUAAGCCCGUUAAUCAUCGAUUUGGGCCAAUUUAUUUUCAGAUGGCAUUUUCGUAAUUUCAUGUGCGACGAAAGGCCCUUUGGAUAUUGAAGGCUACAAAUCACGGAUUCGGCCUGAGGCUAUUCUCCAACGAUGAUUGAGGCCAUUAAGCACAGAUUUGUGCGGAUUUGUUCCGGGUCAAUUUUUGGCAGAUUCCAAAGGGGUAACAUCAUAGAUUUCGGGCGAUUUAUGCGGAAUGCAAUUUUCUUUCGAUUCUGGAGGUUACAGAUCACGGAAUCAAGCCGAGGCUAUUCUCCACCGAUAAUGAAGUCUAUUGAUCCUAUUCUCCACGGAUGAUAAUCCCGUUAAGCAUCGAUUUGGGGCAAUUUAUUUUCGGAUGGCAUUUUCGUAAUUUCUUGGGCGACGAAAGGCCAUUUUCUUUGGAUAUUGAAGGCUACAGAUCACGGAUUGGCCUGAGGCUAUUCUUUAAUGAUGAUUGAAUCCAUUAAGCACCGAUUUGGGCGUAUUUAUUCCGGGUCAAAUUUUGGCAGAUUCCAAAGGGGUACCAUCACAGAUUUCGGCGAUUUUUCCGAAAUACUAUUUUCUUUCAAUUCUUGAGGCUACAGAUCAAUGAAUCAGGCCGAGGCUAUUCUCCACCGAUAAUGAAGUCUAUUGAUCCUAUUCUCCACGGAUGAUAAGCCCGUUAAGCAUCGAUUUAGGCCAAUUUAUUUUCGGAUGGCAUUUUCGUAAUUUCUUGGGCGACGAAAGGGUAUUUUCUUUUGAUAUUGAAGGCUACAGAUCACAUAUUCGGCCUGAGGCUAUUCUCCAACGAUGAUUGAGUCCAUUAAGCACCGAUUUGGGCGGAUUUAUUCCGGGACAAUUUUUGGCAGAUUCCAAAGGGGUACCAUCACGGAUUUCGGGCGAUUUAUCCGAAAUUAAAUUUUCUUUCGAUUCUGGAGGCUACACAUCACGGAAUCAGGCUGAGGCUAUUCUCCACCUAUAAUUAAGUCUAUUGAUCCUAUUCUCCACGGAUGAUAAGCCCGUUAAGCAUCGAUUUGGGCCAAAAAAAAAUUCGGAUGGCAUUUUCGUAAUUUCUUGGGCGACGAAAGGUCAUUUUCUUUGGAUAUUGAAGGCUACAGAUCACAGAUUCGGCCUGAGGAUAUUCUCCAAUGAUUGAUUCCAUUAAGCACCGAUUUGUGCGUAUUUAUUCCGGGUCAAAUUUUGGCAGAUUCCAAAGGGGUACCAUCACAGAUUUCGGGCGAUUUAUCCGAAAUACCAUUUUCUUUCGAUUCUAGAGGCUAAAGAUCAAUGAAUCAGACCGAGGCUAUUCUCCACCGGUAAUGAAGUCUAUUGAUCCUAUUCUCCACGAAUGAUAAGCCCGUUAAGCAUCGAGUUGGUGCAAUUUAUUUUUGGAUGGCAUUUUCGUAAUUUCUUGGGCGACAAAAUGGUAUUUUCUUUUGAUAUUGAAGGCUACAGAUCACAGAUUCGGCCUGAGGCUAUUCUCCAACGAUGAUUGAGUGCAUUAAACACCGAUUUGGGCGGAUUUAUUCCCAGUCAAUUUUUGGCAGAUUCCAAAGGGGUACUAUCACAGAUUUCGGGCGAUUUAUCCGAAAUGCCAUUUCCUUUCGAUUCUGGAGGCUACACAUAACGGAAUCAGGCUGAGGCUAUUCUCCACCGAUAAUUAAGUCUAUUGAUCCUA